AUGACUCCUGCUCCUCCCCGCCAUGGCAUUCCUACCUGUCCUCUGGUAUUGUGGCCUUAUCACCACUUGACCUUCACACCUGCCUUCAUGUUUCCCCCAUCACCUGUCCCCCAGCGUCCCACAUCAAUCCCACAUGCUCUCUAUAACUACAUCCCAAUUCUUGCUCCUAUACUCUCCAUAGACCUCCACCUAACACCCACACCCUCCACAUUCCAACCACUUGUUCUCCAUAACCUCCACAUCUCAACAUUUCUCUCUAUACCUUCCAUACUCCUCCACCUGGACACAGCCUCUGCAUCUAACCCACCUGGCCUCUAUGCCCUCCAGAUGUUAUCCACCUGCUUUCCACACCAUCCACAGACUCCACCUUUCCUCAUCCCACCACGCAUCCCCAACCCUCCACCACAAUUACUUCCCCUUCACCCCUUCAUCCCAGCCUCCAGCGUUCCACACCCUCCUCAGCCCAUCUAUCUUCCCUCCACGCCCCUCAUUCCAACCACCUGCUCCCUCCCGUCCACACCAUCAGCCCGCAGUGGUGGAGUACCCUGUUUCCACAUCAUUAGGCUCUUCACUAUGCGCACCACAUAUCUAGGCCUCUCAAAGCCUUAUGACUCCUUUCUGAAUGCAGAUGAGGAGUGUCUUUACUUCGUCUUUGGCCGACAUUCUUAA